AUGGGAGGUGACUGCAGGGCGCUGCUGGGCGUGGUGGUGGGCCUGAUCCUGUUCAAGGUCGACUCUGCCCAGCUCACUUGGGUGAUUGCAGCAGCGGCGGGCGGCGUGGUGGGGCUCAAUCUGUGCCGUUUGCGCAUCAUUUUUCCCCAGAGCGACAACACCACUUGCACCGCAGCGCUCGAGCAGCGCCUCAGCGACCUGGGACUGGACACUGACGGCAACAGCAGCAGCCACAUGGUCAACCCAAUGAGCUUUGGUGCCGAUCCCACGGGUGUGCACGACAGCACGCAAGCCUUGCAGGCGGCCAUUGCUCGUCUGCUCGCCUUUGGCAAUGCCUCGCAACAGACCCACCUGGGACUGGCGGGCGGUCAGCCCAUGAUCGAUUUGGGUGGUGCCACCCUUGACCUGCACGGCGGCCUUUAUCGUGUGAGUGCCCCGCUGGUCAUUCCUCGCGGCUACGCCAACCUCAACAUCCAACAAGGUACCCUGCGGGCCAGCCCAGAGUUUCCCUUGAACGCCACCCUCCUGGCCGUCGGUGGUGGCACCAUCAAGGGGGCCGGCGUGCUCAACCUGAACAUUAUGCGUGUGACGCUUGAUGGCGCGCAACGCGUGGGGGCCGCCCUCGAUGUACGCAACGGCCAGUACGUGAACCUGGGUCCUGCCCUCAUGAUCUAUGGGUUCAAUGCCUUUGGCAUUCGCAUGAAUGGUACGGGAGGUGGCUACAUCCACAACAGCUGGCUCGGCGAGAUGCCUCCCAGCACUUUUACGGGGCUGACCACGGCGACCUCAGCUACGGUGCGCGAGCUGCACAACCUGACAGCCACAGCCGUUUCCCUCGAGGGCAGCGAGCACGAUUGCUACAUGACGGACGUCAUCAUCUGGUCCGCCCUUAUCGGUGUGGCUUCGGUCAACGGUGCCAACACUUUGACCCACGUCCACACUUGGAACCUGGCCACCGUGGACGGCGGCAUCGGCAUGUUCAUUGAACAUGGCUCUGGCAAGAUUGUCAAUUCAUACAUGGAUUUUGCAGCCAUGGUGGUGCAGGACCCCAAGAGCAUGAUCAUAUCUGAAAACCUGUUUCUAGGUCGUGGUAAUCUCAUUCUCGAGGCGGUCACAACAAACACGAUGCAAGACCUUGUCAUCACGAACAAUCGCUGGUGGUCUGAGGGCCAUUAUGGAGGCAAUGACACAAUCAUCGUGCGCGGGAACAUCGACAGUGUGGUGGACGUUGUCAUUGAAAACAACGUGGCCGACGAGCUUUGGGUGCAGCGUAGCACUCGAGCCACCCUUUCGGGGCCCGUGCCAUUUGGGCGGGGCUCGGCGCAGCUCGACUUUUCUGGAGCCCUGCUGUUCACCCAGCCGAUUCAAACAGCCUCGUGUGAGGUGACAACGGAUGGUCCCGUGGUGGCCCACGUGGUGCGGCCCAUCGACGCGAAAUGGCCGCGUCGGCUUGAAGUCGGUCUGGCAACCAAUGUCACGGGCAACACGCACACCAACAUUAGCUGCACUGUGGAUCAGAGCCAUCGCCUCCAAGUGGCUCAUUGA